AUGGCUCAGACUCCGUCACCUUUAGAACUGAUGAUUGAAAAGUUCCUCGAACUUGAUACCAAUAAAGACGAAAAAAUUGAUCGCAAUGAAUUGUAUGCGGCUUGUUCAAAAGCUGGGCUCAAAGAGAAUGAAGUCGAUGAAUGGAUGAACCGAUAUGACUACGAUAACGACGGAAAGCUGUCACUAAACGAAUUUUGUCGAGGACUCGGUUUGCGUCUCAACGAAAUGCGAGCCGAACGCGAAGAGAGGACAGCGCAGAGAAGUGGCACUGCCCCAACAUUGAAAGAUGGUGUACAAAUAAUUGCCAGCACUAUGUCCCUGAGCAAGCAGGUGGAAAUCACAAACAAGUUCGUGGAACUAGUGGAGAAAACCGGUGGAAAAUCUGAGGAACUGCAAAAUGUGGCUCGGGAUCUGAAAGCUUUCCUUGACAGCAAGUAUGGACGCGUGUGGCAGGUGGUUGUUCUCAACGGAUCAUAUUGGAUGAACUACUCACACGAACCACUCAUGUCGAUGCAGUUCAAAUACGAACCAAACAUUUGUUUGUUGUGGCGUACACCUAACUCUUAA